CGGACGGAAGUGACGCGCCGGGCGCACUUCCGGGAGUGGCUGCGUCUUGACCAUGCUGUCCGAGCUCGGUUUCAUCGGGACUAUAGGAGAGGAUGACGAGGUGCCGCUGGAGCCCGAGUCCGACUCGGGAGACGACGAGGAGGAGGGGCCCAUUGUGCUGGGCAGAAAGCGGAAAGCCUUGCAGAAGAGCCGCAGCGCAGAUUUCAACCCUGACUUCGUUUUCACCGAGAAGGGCGGCGCGUAUGACGACAGCUGGGCUCUGGCGGAUGUCAUGAGCCAGCUCAAGAAGAAGAGGGCAGCCACUACGUUAGAUGAGAAGAUCGAGAAAGUUCGAAAGAAGAGGAAGCUGGAGGAUAAAGAAGCCAAAUCUGGGAAGGUGGAAAAGGAGAAAGAAUCCCAGGAGGGUUCUGAGCCUGAGCCAGGGGAGCAGGAAGACCCUGCAGGAAAAGAUGAAGAAGGAGAGGAAGACGACGAGUCAGAGGCUGACUACUCUUCAGCUGAGGAGAACAUCCUCACCAAAGCAGAUACUCUGAAGGUGAAGGAGAAGAAGAGGAAGAAGAAGAAAGGACAGGAAGCGGGUGGAUUUUUUGAAGAUGCGUCUCAGUAUGAUGAAAGCCUCUCCUUCCAGGACAUGAACCUGUCCCGUCCUCUUCUGAAGGCCAUCUCCACCAUGGGCUUCAAGCAACCCACCCCCAUCCAGAAGGCCUGCAUCCCUGUGGGUCUGCUGGGGAAGGACAUCUGUGCCUGCGCGGCCACGGGGACAGGCAAAACGGCUGCUUUCGCCCUGCCCGUGUUGGAGCGGCUGAUCUAUAAGCCCCGCCAGGCGCCCGUCACCCGUGUGCUGGUGCUGGUUCCCACUCGUGAGCUGGGCAUCCAGGUGCACUCGGUCACCAAGCAGCUGGCACAGUUCUGCAACAUCACUACCUGCCUGGCCGUGGGUGGCCUGGACGUGAAGUCGCAGGAAGCAGCUCUUCGGGCAGCCCCUGACAUCCUCAUCGCCACCCCAGGGCGGCUCAUCGAUCACCUGCACAACUGCCCUUCCUUCCACCUGGACAGCGUCGAGGUGCUCAUCCUAGAUGAGGCCGACAGGAUGCUGGACGAGUACUUCGAGGAGCAGAUGAGGGAGAUCAUCCGCCUGUGCUCCCACCACCGCCAGACCAUGCUCUUCUCAGCCACCAUGACUGACGAGGUGAAAGACCUGGCUUCCGUCUCCCUGAAGAACCCCGUGCGGAUAUUUGUGAACAGCAACACGGACGUGGCCCCCUUCCUGCGGCAGGAGUUCGUCCGCAUCCGGCCUAACCGGGAAGGGGAUCGGGAAGCCAUCGUGGCAGCUCUGCUGACGAGAACCUUCACCGACCACGUGAUGCUGUUCACCCAGACCAAGAAGCAGGCCCACCGCAUGCACAUCCUCCUGGGCCUCAUGGGGCUGCAAGUGGGCGAGCUGCACGGCAACCUGUCUCAGACACAGCGACUCGAGGCCCUUCGGCGCUUCAAGGAUGAACAGAUCGACAUCCUCGUGGCCACAGAUGUGGCAGCCCGUGGACUGGACAUCGAAGGGGUCAAAACGGUAAUCAACUUCACCAUGCCCAACACCAUCAAACAUUACGUCCACCGGGUGGGGCGGACAGCACGUGCCGGCCGGGCAGGACGCUCGGUGUCCCUGGUGGGAGAAGAGGAACGGAAGAUGCUGAAGGAGAUCGUGAAGGCCGCCAAGGCUCCUGUGAAGGCCCGCAUCCUCCCUCAGGAGGUGAUCCUUAAAUUUCGGGACAAGAUCGAGGCAAUGGAGAAAGACGUGUAUGCAGUCCUGCAGCUGGAGGCAGAAGAGAAGGAGAUGCAGCAGUCAGAAGCCCAGAUCAACACAGCCAAAAAACUCCUGGCGAAGGACAAGGAGGCACCAGGCCAAGAGCCAGAGAGGAGCUGGUUCCAGACCAGAGAAGAGAGGAAGAAGGAAAAAGUUGCCAAGGCUCUGCAAGAAUUUGACUUGGCCUUAAGAGGAAAGAAGAAGAGGAAGAAGUUUAUGAAGGAUGCCAAGAAGAAGGGGGAGAUGACAGCAGAAGAACGGUCCCAGUUUGAAAUUCUGAAGGCGCAGAUGUUUGCUGAGCGCCUGGCCAAGAGGAAUCGUAGGACCAAGCGGGCCCGGGCCAUGCCUGAAGAGGAGCCCAUGAGAGGCCCUGCCAAGAAGCAGAAGCAGAAGAAGACAUCUGUGUUUGAUGAGGAGCUCACCAACACCAGUAGGAAGGCCCUGAAGCAGUACCGAGCCGGCCCUUCCUUUGAAGAAAGGAAACAGUUGGGCCUGGCCCAUCAGAGAAGAGGAGGGUCCUUUAAGUCUAAAUCCAGGUAUAAGAGAAGGAAAUAGCCAUGGCGGAUUGAAGAAUCUUGUGGGGCAGCCCUUAGUCCCUUCCCUGUGGGAAGUCUGUCUUGAGCUGUGUUCCCUAGUGUCUUUGGGGCCAGUGUUGUGGCAUAGCAGGCUAAGCCAGUAUCCCAUAUGGGCACCGGUUUGCAUCCUGGCUGCUCUAUUUCCAAUUCAGGUCUAUUAAAAUGCACCUAACAAAACAGCAAGAGAUAGCCCAUGUGGUUAGGCCCUGGUUUCUAUAUGGGAGACCUGGAAGAAGCUCUUGGCUGUGGCCUGGCCAAGACUCAGCUGUUGCAGCCAUUUGGGGAGUAAACCAGGAGGCUAUAGAUUUUUUUCAAAUAAAUACAAGUCUUCAAAAGUCUGU